AACAGGAAGCAGUGUGCCUUCAGCAUCGGCGUCUCUGGCUGGCCGGUGUCUCCCCAGACCUUCCGCAGCAGCCUGGACAUGCUGUGCCAGCGCUCCCUGCUGCUCACCCUGCUGGGUCUGCUCUCCCUCGGGUCCGCCCUCUCCCAGGAAUGCAUCGGAUACAAGGUCAGCACCUGCUGGGACUGCAUCAAGUUAGGGCCUGGCUGCACCUGGUGUCAGAAGCUGAACUUCACCCGUCAAGGGGAGCCCGACUCCCAUCGCUGUGACACACGGGAGCAGUUGCUACAGAAGGGCUGUGCAGCUGACGACAUCAUGGACCCCAGGAGCAUUGCUGAGACCCAGCAGGACCAGAAGGGAGGCCAGAAGCAGCUGUCCCCACAGAAAGUGACCGUCUACCUGAGACCAGGUAGGCUUGGCCUCAGCUGGGGGUGAGCUGGCACCUGUGAUCUCUUGUUCUGGGUGGGGGUCCAGCCAGGAGCACAGCCCUGCUCUGGGGCGCCAGGGAUAACCGAUGGGCAUGUGUCCAUGUGUCCAGGUCAGACAGCAAGGUAGGCCAGGUGAGGCCCAGGACUGCUGGGAACCUCGAGACCAAAGUCUGAGCUCCCCCACGGCCCUCUCCUCUCCGACCCAGGAGGAUGCCGCCAUACCCGCUGUCCUGGCUGGGUGCCUGGUCUCUCUUUUUCCUUGUGUUCUCUGUGUCCUUCUUUAAAAGGGAGAACAAACCAUGUGGAAAACAC